AAUUAAAUAUUCUCUUCAAAGCUUGACAUGCUUUUGUUGUGAAACAUUAAAUAGACAUCUCGCCUAAUGGAUUAAUUAAGUUAGUUCUUUAUUGAGGGCAACCUCACCACAUACGUAAGCCUUAAUUAUAUAUAUUCCCCCUUUAGUUGCUCAACCUUCACAUUUCAGGUAUUGGCCUCUUCGUUGCAAAGCUUUUCCCCAAGUUUCAACAGUUAGCUAUGACAAGUCAUAUGCAUGUGGCAGUGCUUCCUUGGUCUGCCUUUGGUCAUAUAAUGCCAUUUUUCCAAUUAUCCCUUGCAUUAGCCAAAGCUGGAGUUCACGUCUCAUUUCUAUCAACCCCUAGGAAUAUUCAGAGACUCCCUAAACUUUCACCAACUUUAACACAUUUAAUACACUUGGUGGAGCUUCCCUUGCCCACUUUGGAUGGUGACUCUCGCUUGCCCCAAGGAGCUGAGGCCACUGUAGAUAUCACCUCCGACAAGGUUCAGUACCUGAAAGUGGCCUAUGAUCUCUUGCAACACCCCUUUAAGCAGUUUGUCGCUGAGAAAUUGCCUAAUUGGAUACUUGUUGACUUUUGCCCUUACUGGGCUGGUGAUAUUGCUAAACAAUUUGGUGUUCCACUCCUAUACCUGUCUGUUUUUUCUGGGGCUAUGAGAGCUUUUAUGGGGUCACCAGAGUAUUUAUGUGGUGAUGGACUAAAGAGGAUCAGACCAACGCCAGAAAGUCUAACUUCACCACCUCCAUGGAUAACUUUCCCUUCUUCUGUAGCCUUUCGAAGCUACGAGGCACGCAACUUUUAUCCUGGCUUCUACAUUGUGAAUGCUUCUGGCGUAAGAGACAGUGAACGGGUAGCUAAGACGAUGGCAGCUUGCCAAGCUGUGGUUGUCCGUAGCUGCACUGAAUUUGAAGGCAAGUACCUGAAAGUAUAUGAGGAAGUUCUUGGGAAACCGGUGAUUCCAAUAGGCUUGCUCCCUUCAGAGAAACCUGAGAAAAGAGAAAUCACUGAUGAAACAUGGAGGAAGACCUUUGAAUGGCUUGAUAAUCAACAACACAAGUCAGUUGUGUUUGUUGGGUUUGGUAGCGAAUGUAAACUUACCAAGGAUCAAGUUUACGAGAUAGCAUAUGGGCUGGAGCUUUCCGAAUUGCCAUUCCUGUGGGCACUUAGGAAACCUAGCUGGGCUAUCGAAGAUAUUGAUGUUCUGCCUCCAGGAUUCAGUGACAGGACGUCCAAGAAAGGAAUUGUGUGUAUAGGAUGGGCACCACAGCAAGAAAUUCUAGCACAUCCAUCAAUAGGGGGAUCAUUGUUUCACUCAGGGUGGGGUUCUGUUAUAGAAACUCUUCAGUACGGCCAUUGUCUAAUUGUUCUACCCUUCAUUUUUGACCAAGGGGUGAAUGCCAGGUUACUGGUAGAGAAAGGUUUGGCUGUGGAGGUGGACAGGAAGGACGAUGGAUCGUUUACGAGACAUGGUAUUGAUAAAUCUCUGAGAUUAGCAAUGAUUUCAGAAGAAGGAAAGCAAAUGAGGGACCAAGCCAAAAAAGCUGCUGCCAUUUUUGGGGAUAGGGACCUGCAUCAGGUUUACAUCACUAGGUUUGUGGAGUAUCUGAAGAAAGGAGCAUGAAAGGUAGUUCAUGGGAGUAGAUUGUCGUGACAAAAAUAUAUAUUAGCACUCAGUCAAUAAAAUCUAUAUGCCGUCCA